GCUGGGGCCACUGUCAUACAUUAUAUAUAUUGCUGGGGCCACUGUCAUACAUUAUAUAUAUUGCUGGGGCCACUGUCAUACAUUAUAUAUAUUGCUGAGCCACUGUCUUAUAAUUAUAUAUUGCUGGGGCCACUGUCUCAUACAAUAUAUAUUACUGGGGCCACUGUUUCAUACAAAGGUAUUGCUGGGGCCAUGGUCUCAUACAAUAUAUGUUGCUGGGGCCACAGUCUCAUACAUUAUAUGUUGCUGGGCCAUUGUCUCAAGAAAUGCUGAAAACGGAAAAUCGGGUGUCGCGUGAGGCGCGAUCCAAGAUGGCGGUGGUGUGUGAUCGCUCCUCAUCCACGGAAGCCUUAUCCCUCAAUUUCACCCUCUUCACCAGAGCAUGCCGUACUACAUAUACGGUAACAUACCUCUAUACCUCUCUAGAACCCAGGAUGGCUAAUAGGAGACUGCAACGGGAGAAGAAAGACUCUUUUCCAUCAUCUAAAGGCGUGGCAAAUACUAUUGUGUCAUUCCUAAAAAGGCCUUCACCUCCCUCUCCGAAGGCAACACAGGAGAACUCAUGGCAAGGCCUAGAUUCACAGUCUGACGCAUUCCCACCUCCAUCGUGGGAAAGUCAGAAUCCGGAUUUGAUGGGACAAUUUAAAGCCUUAUUACAACAUGAACUGGCUAAAACUGCCGCCGAUAUAACUAACAAGAUUACGGGCCAGAUCCAUGAGUUGGGCCAGCGGAUCGAUGUUAUGGAGACAAAGAUGGAUGACGUGGUAACAGUAUUAGAAGCCCAUGAACAGGACAUUGUCCAACUCCAAAAACAGUUGAAGGAGGCCCAUGACAAGCUGGAGGAUACGGAUAACAGAUCCCGUCGCAACAACCUGCGCAUCCUUGGGAUCCCGGAGUCUGAGACAGAUCUACAAGCUGUGACCCAUACGAUACUCUCUACACUUUUGCCUGACUUGCCAUCGGAAUGCGACCGGGCACAUCGAGCGCUCAGGCCCAAAUCCCAGGAAGGCCCACCUAGGGACAUUAUCCUCAGGCUACACUUUCACCAAACUCAAGUGAAGGCCCUUCAAGCAGCAGGAGCGUCUCAGAACCUGGAAUAUAACGCUGUUAAAUUUCAAAUAUAUACAGAUGUUGCACCAGUUACCUUGCAGAAAUGCAAGUCCUUUGCAGGCGUUAUCCACGUCCUCCAACACCAGGGCAUCAGAUACCGAUGGCUAUUCCCAUUUCCCCGGGCGUUUACGCUCAACAACAAGCAACAUUCCUUCUCCGACCUAGAGUCAGCCAUGGAGCUUCUCCGACGCUUGGAAUUAACUACGACACUUCCUCCAUCUUCGCCACCAUCUUCACCGAUUUGGCGCAUGGUUGGAAAACCGGUCACCAGAAGAGCGACAGCUUCAGCCUUAUCUCAGAAGUCAAAUCCUUAAUGUUCGUUGUAUGGAAUGGCUACUUACAGGUUUAUCCCUUUGAAGGGAUCUUCCCUCCUUUAGACCCCUCAAAUACCGUCACUUGAGGUAUGGACGAUAAUUCUCGUUUUUUUUCUUUUGAGGGUAAAUCUCCUUAAUUAAGGCCUUGUAAAGCAAGGACAAUGGCAAUCCGGAUACUUUAUUGUGUGACUUUCUCUGCAUUUGCGGGCCUCCUGCUUAUUGUUUAUGUUUCACUUUACUACAUAUGAUGCAAUAUGUUCUCUUUUAUCAUUUUUUUUUGAGACUAUUCGAGGCUGAACCCUUAGUCUUAAUAGCUUAUAGUAUAUGUUCGAGAUGGCUUCCAGGCAAUGCCUUACCCAUAAUGCACCCUUUGCUACUUUCUCACAGAGCUCUGUCACUUAUUUACCAACCUUCUCCAUCCUUUUUGUUUGCGGGAGACAAGUGCCUUUUCCCUCAGGAAUGUCGGGAAGGACCCGUGGAGUUUUGAUACCCCCAAUAUGGCGCUAUCCAGGGUGCGUAGCGAGACUACCACCUGUGGGUUUAACGUCUACUUCUCUUUUAGAUAACAAUGGGGUUAACUAUAGGAUCCCAUAAUGUACAAGGAUUUAAUUCCCCGGUGAAACGGAAAAAAGCAUUUAUGGAUUACAGCUCCCUCAAAGCUGAUAUCCUGUGUUUGCAAGAAACGCAUUUCUCCAAACAAUCUUUCCCCAAAUAUUUUCAUAAAAAAUACCCCAUGGUCUAUUUAGCAAAUAGUGAUAAUAAAACCAGUAGCAAUUUGUGUCCAUGUGGGGCUGCCUUUACAGAUUCGGGACAGCUAGAACCAGGGAGAUUUCUGGUUCUUACGUUUGAAUUAGAAGGGAACAUCUUCUCAGUCAUUUCCUACUAUGCUCUAUUAAGACGGUCAUGCUGGAAGAGGUAUUGUUUCGUUGGUAUUUAACUCCAGCAAGAUUAUCGAAAUUUUAUCCAGAUGUUAGCAAUUCAUGUUUUAGGGGUUGUUCUGCGACAGGAUCAAUAUUUGGUGGAUGUGUCCCAUAGCGGUGAGUAGUGAUGGGCGAAUUUGCGCAAAAAUUUGCGAAAAGGUGCCAGCGUCUAGUUUUUGACGCCGGUGCCUGUUUUUCUUGACGCCGGCGUCAAAAACGGGCGCCGGCGUCAAGAAAAACAGGCACCGGCGUCAAAAACGGCGUCCGUUUUUCCGGAAAUUUUCACGGGCGUUUCGCGAAUUUAUUCGCUGGCGGCGAAUUGCGCAAAUUCGCCGCAAAUUCGCGCCUAGCAAAUAAAUUCGCCCAUCACUAGCGGUGAGAUUUUGGAUAAGGAUUUACACUCUUAUCUUCUCUGUAUUGCAUUUCAAUUUCAAAAGAGACCCAUAUGUUGCUUUGUUGGGAGCAGUCCCUAGUGACAUUCCUAGGAAACAGGUCCGCUUACUUAAUCAUAUAUUUGUAGCUGUCAGACAGGUUAUUGCCAAAGCAUGGAAAUCACCCUAUUUGCAGUAUAACAUGGUAAAGACGAAACUAGAUGGAUUCUCGUUAAUGAAAAGCUAACCAGUAUACACCUUGAUAAGUGCCAGACCUUUGCAGAUAUACGGCAACCCUGGAUCGAUUACAGAUUCCAAGGCACUCUACUGCUUUCCAUGCUUUCACUGUAGUAUCCCCAACAGACAACCCCUUUCAAUACAGGCUCUCCUUCUAAUAAGGUCUAGUUUGAAUUGACAAGGUACACUUUGUGGAAGUUAGCCAUAGUUGUAAUACUAGUAUCUUAAUACUGCUCAAUGUUUUGUAUGAUGUAACUCACAUUUGGUAUACUUUACCUCUCAAUACUUGUGACGAAUAUUUGGUCUACUCUACUUUCUUUAUCCUCUUUCUGUUUUUUAUUUUUUUAUUUUUUUAUUAAAAAGUAACCCUUUAAAACAAGUGAAUGUAAAAUUGACAAGAGGGCUAUUCUAAGCACUUUUGUCAUCGACAUUCAUCAUUUAUUUUCUUUCCAUUUCAAGAUAUUAAGGGAUACAUGUAUUGUUAAUAUGAAUGAAUUCUGUACCAGCAGGUGGCGAUGUUGUAACAAAAUUCAUUCAUAUUCACAGCACAUGUAUCCCUUAAUAUCUUGGAAUUUAAAAAUCAUAAAUAAUGAAUGUUAAUGACAAAAGUGCUUAGAAUAGCAGCCUCAUCAAUUUUACAUUCACUUAUUUUAAAGGUUUACUUAUCCUUUAAAUUAUUUUCCUUUGCUCUCUGCCUUUACUUUAUUUUUUCUUUGCACUGUUAUGUAUUAUAUACAAUACUGUUAGGUUCUGUUUUCAAUACAAAAAGAAAGAUAGAAAAGUAAUCUGUAUUCUUAUCAUCUUAUGAUUCUUAUCAUCAUGAUGUAUUUAUGGUAUCCCUUUCAUAUACACGCUGUACAACGUCAUUUGUGUUGAUAUGUAUGGUUUAUUACUUUUCAUGUCAAUAAAAAUUAUUGAAACAG